AUGCAGAAAGCAUUUGAGCUGUUCCUACUCUGUGAUUGCAAGGUCUACCUGCUGGUUGAACACCAACAAGAUACCUUUGUUUUCAACUCAGAGGACUUUAGUUGGCCACCACCAGACAGAGAACUGGAAGUCCACUGCCGGAACGUAAACCGGCUGUAUGGCUCGCAGGAAAUUUAUGCGCGCAUCACUGAAGAUGAACGCAAGGAUCUUAUCCAGUUGCUGAUUUGUCUCAACGCUCUGGCGGCUGGUAUAGCAAAGGAACAAGGCAUACCUGGAAAAUCAGCGGUACAGGCAAAGGCCAUUAAUCAGCCCAAUGGGGUAGCCGAGACCGUAUUAGACCGGUCUUCCGUGACAAGCGAAUCAGAGGACGAGAAUUUCGAGGGCGGCCUGUAUCAAGACAAUACAAGGGUUACAGAAUAA